CUAGAGAGAGGCUCCCGGACGCACUCAUUUGCAGCAGCUUUGGGAGUUUCCUUCUUUUCUUCCUUGGUUGAAACCAAGGAAAUGUCUCAGUCCCAGGAAGUUCACUGAGCGAGCGAGAAAGAACAUUUCCUGGUGGUGUCAGACCUCUUGUGAGAUUACCAGUAGCGUGCAGCGUACAGAAUUCUGCCUGCAGGUGUGGAUGACAAGAAAAACCCAAAUGCUGCAGAUCAGAAUGAAUUCCGCAAGCUCUGCACAGAAGGCAUCAUGGCGGUCUUGGGCUCUAUGCUGCUUGGGAUGGUAUUUUGCUGUGUGAUCCAUCUGUGGAGGAAGAGAAGACGGCGCAUCGCUGCAGCUUCAGCAUCUCAGGCCGACAUCAGCAGACGCACCUCAGACAUGGGGAGCUGGAUUCCCCGCUCCAACCCCUCUGAGACCUGGACCCAACAGCCGUCGCCCGUGCCUGCAAAACUGCCUCGCCAGCCACGGGGCCGCCCGCCUCGCCCGCCUCCACCACAGGUCCCAUGGCUGUCCAACUCAGCCAGUCGGGUGCUGCAGGACCAGUACAGCAGCCUCGACUACCCCGAGACAGAGGAACCACCCCCCCGACCCCCAAAGCCAGUGCCCCGAUCAAGGGUCUGAGGCAGCUCCACGAGGCUACAGAUUUGGGGUACACCAAAAACACCCCUGUCUUGGUGGGCAGAGACUCCCGGCGCACCCAGCGCUGUUUGCUUGCCUUUAUUUAUUUAAUAAAUUCUAAAAAUCCUA